AUGGGUCGUCGGAUCCGUGUCCAGCGUAAAGGAGCUGGGGGUAUCUUCAAAUCGCACAACAAGCACCGCAAGGGAGCCGCUCAGUUGAGGCCUCUUGACUAUGCCGAACGUCACGGUUACAUCCGUGGUGUCGUGAAGGACAUCAUCCACGAUCCUGGACGUGGUGCACCUCUGGCCAUCGUUGCUUUCCGCGACCCGUACAAGUACAAGACCGUUAAGAGUACCAUUGUUGCUGCUGAAGGAAUGUACACUGGACAAUUUGUCUACUGUGGAUCUAAGGCUAGCGUGCAAGUCGGAAACAUCGUUCCCGUUGGUUCUCUUCCUGAAGGAACCACCAUCUGCAACGUUGAAGGAAAAUGUGGUGACCGAGGAAAGCUGGCUAAGUGCUCUGGAACCUACGCCACCGUCAUUGCCCACAAUCCCGAAACCAGGAAGACCCGUAUUCGUCUCCCAUCUGGAGCUAAGAAGGUCGUCCAGUCUGCUAAUCGUGCUAUGAUUGGUUUGUUGACUGUUCAUUCAGUUUUCUUUUCUUGGAAAGAUUUUUUGACCACCGUCCUUAGUAGGAUUCUUCCAGGAUUGGUUGCGGGAGGUGGACGUACCGAUAAGCCUAUGUUGAAGGCUGGACGUGCAUACCAC